GCCUCCUGACUCCCAGGACCUUCAGACUGAAGUUAAUCUGGAGUCUGACGUCUCUCGUACAGGGGUUUGGAUCCAUCACAGAGGGGGACGCUAGGUCGGUUCGCAGCCCACUAAAGGGAGAAGGUGCUUGGUGACCAUGGCUGGUCUCCCAACUUUUGUCCUUCUCCUGUUAAUUCAUCUGGCCACGUCCCAGAGAGCCGGACCACCGGGACCCCCAGGUCCUCGAGGACCACCAGGAAUCAACGGGAAGGAUGGAAUAGAUGGUGAGCGCGGUCCGGCUGGGCUACCCGGAACCCCGGGUCCCAAAGGAGCCGCCGGGAAACCAGGGGAACCUGGAAAACCAGGAAUUUCCGGACUCCCCGGAAUCGAUGGGCUGACCGGACCGGACGGGAAAGCUGGGCCAGAUGGCCCCCCAGGACAACGGGGGGAUAUUGGACCACCAGGACCAGAUGGACCCCCAGGCCGAGGACCCCCAGGGCCCCCUGGUUUGGCUGGACCCAGUGGAUUACCAGGUGGAAUUGGACCUCAAGGCCCAGCGGGACCUGGAGGACCCCCAGGACUUCCUGGCCCACCUGGGCCACCAGGGCCACCUGGUCUUCCAGGAGUUGUUCCUAAUGGCAAUGGCGACUUGCAGUGCCCGGCCGUAUGUCCUCCUGGACCACCUGGACCCCCUGGCAUGCCAGGAUUUAAGGGUCACACGGGACACAAAGGGGAGAGAGGGGAGCUUGGAAAAGACGGGCAGAAGGGAGAAGCCGGACCCCCGGGACCUGCCGGAAUCCCUGGCAGCGUGGGUCUGCAGGGCCCAAGAGGUCUGAGGGGGGCAGUCGGAACUCAGGGACCCGCAGGUGACCGGGGACCCACUGGAUUUAGAGGCCCCCCAGGUCCUCCAGGACCCCCCGGCAAAGCUGGCGACCAAGGAGACCGAGGAUCUCAGGGAUACCAAGGGCCAAAGGGUGACACGGGAAAAGCUGGUGGUAAAGGAAUGCCAGGAGGUCCAGGACCCGUAGGAGAACCGGGCAUGCCCGGGCAGGACGGCCGAGACGGGAACCCAGGACUGGAUGGCGAAAAGGGUGAUGCAGGCAGAAUGGGAGUUCCUGGAGAAAAGGGACCCAACGGCCUUCCCGGGCUUCCUGGUAAAGCCGGACUUAAGGGAGAGAAAGGACAGCUGGGGGCCUCAGGAGAGCUCGGAAAAGCAGGACCCUCGGGAGAGCCAGGUAUCCCCGGUGAAGCUGGACCCCCGGGAGACAGAGGGGUAGCCGGACCCAGAGGUGGAUCCGGUGGCGUCGGGCUGCCGGGUCCCAUCGGUGUUCCAGGAGUGCGAGGCUACCAGGGGAGAAAAGGCAGCAUUGGAGACCCCGGGUUACCAGGGCCAACCGGAAUCCGUGGUGGAUUUGGAGAGCGGGGUCCUCUUGGAGCUGCCGGCCCCAAAGGAAAUCAGGGUCUUGCUGGAUCAGACGGACUUCCAGGAGACAAAGGAGAGAUGGGACCAUUUGGCCCAGUUGGACAGAAGGGAGAGCCUGGCGUAAGAGGAGAAACUGGCCCUAAAGGUGUUUCUGGACCCAACGGGACAGCCGGUGUUCCAGGGAUUCCAGGCCCUCCGGGACCAAUGGGAUUCCAAGGAGAGCAAGGAGUACCGGGGAUCACAGGAAAAGCCGGAGUUCCUGGCAGGCACGCGAGCGAACAGCAAAUCCGGGAGCUGUGCGGAGGAAUGAUCAGCGACCAAAUUUCACAAUUAGCUGCUAACCUCAGAAGACCCCUAGCUCCAGGAGAGAUAGGCCGUCCAGGACCCCCAGGUCCUCCGGGACAGAAAGGACCCACUGGUCGUGUUGGACAUCCUGGUGCUCGCGGCCCUCCAGGAUACAGAGGACCCACAGGAGAACUGGGUGAUCCUGGUCCUAGAGGUGAUGCCGGUAACAAGGGAGACAAAGGACCCACCGGACGAGGUAUUGAUGGACCAAUUGGAGAUCAAGGAGAACAAGGUCCGCAGGGAGCUGCCGGCAUAAGCAGGGACGGCCGGGACGGUGCAUACGGCGAACCAGGAUUCCCCGGCGAGCCAGGAAGAUCAGGAGCGAUUGGUGCUCAGGGUACCCCAGGAAUAUGUGAUACAUCCGCCUGCCAGGGCGCCGUGUCUGCAGUUAAAUCCGGCAGCUUCAAAAACUCCUAAACCCCUCCAGCAAGAGAAGGAACUGAAUAUUUAAUGCGGUACAACAUUGUACAAAAGCAGAGAAGACCUCCCUACCAACCUGCCGGGAGAGUGGCCCUUUUAUCACACAAACCGGGAGCGGACCCUUCCAGCCUGAGACCGGCUUCACGAAACCGGAGAUCAUCUGAUUUGAAGUAAUGCUAGACGAUGAAAUUUUACAUUUUACUAUUUUCCCCCAAUUUACUUGUUACCUCUUUGAAAAUCCCCAAAACACGGUGUUUUCUAAACUUUCUCCAAAGCUUUUAUGUGCAUUUCGUUUGGUGCUCGAUAUUCUUGGUGCGCGGCCUCCCCCCCCGUAUAUUACAAAAGCUCAUCAAAUACUCAGCUCCCGAUCUAAUCUCGCUCGAGGUAAGUGUAUAUAGAACUUCCACGGGAGGCUAAUUAUUAGUUUUUGCCACAAUCUACCCUCCGUUUUUGCACACUUUUUGUAAAAAAAAAAAAAAAAAUCUGCCAAAAUGUGACACCUUGUAAUUAAAAAAAAAAAAAAUUAGUUUCCAACCAAAGCCGACUGUAUGUAAAAUGCGUUGUAAAAAUAAAAGGAGGUUUUAGUUUGUCAUUUUUUUAGCACAUUGCGUUUCUCUACAUCGGAUAAAAGAAAGGGCUGCGAAUAUAUGUGAAUAUCCGUGAUUUAAAGAUUAGUAUUUAUUUUGGUGACUUGUAUGUACAUUAAAACCUGUUGCAUCAUCUGUUGUAAUAUGAAUAAAGCCACUUUCCGUACACCGAAAAUAAAAUUGUUCAAGACAUUUGCAAUUUAUUAACAA